GUUAAAAGCAAUAGAAGAACUGAUAGAAUGGAUAGUAAAGGCUACUUGGAAUCCUUUGGAUGGAGAAAUGGUGAAGCUUUGAAAAAAGGUGGUAUCAAAAAGCCUAUAUUGGUGAAGCACAAGAAGGAUAAGAAAGGUAUAGGGCAUCAACCUAACGGUUCCGCAGAUGCAUGGUGGGAAAGAUUGUUUGAUGGUCAGUUGAAAGGACUAGACGUUAAUCAGGAUAGCGCAAAUGGUAUCAGCUUCAAGCAAGAGAAAGAAGUCAUUGCAACAGGUAUAAGACAACAAGAUUCACCAUUAUACAAAAUGUUUGUACGAGGCGAGACACUACAGGGAACCACAGGAAAAGUCAUUUUAACAAAAUCAACCAUCAAAGAAGAUGGAACAAAUUCGAUAGUGGAUACAAUUAAGACCUCUUUUAAUGAUAGUAGCAAAAAGACCAGCACCCCAGAAACAAUACCGAGUGACUCCACAAUAGAGAAAACCAAAAAGGACAAGAGAAGUAAAAAAGAUAAGAAAUCCAAGAAGGAAGCAAGUGAAAAGAAAGAAAAGAAGGAGAAAAAAUCAAAGGAUAAAAAGGAGAAGAAAAUGAAGUCAGUAGCAUCAUCAGAAGAGCCAAGGUCUGAGUCUAAGAAGUCAAAAAAAGAUAAAUCUGGGAAAGAUUCGAAGAAAACUUCUAAAAAGAGAAAACUAGAUGAGGAUAUCACAAAGUCCUCCAAUUUGAAAAAAGUCAAAGCUUAG